AUGGGCGAGAAGCGAUUGUGUCUUGAUUAUGAUGCAUUCAGAUUUAACAUAUAACGAUAUUUUAUCCAACACAGCAGCAGAAUCUUCAAUCAUUGCUAUGAGAUAUGGAGAACAACCUUUGAAGGAUGAACAAAUAAGAAUUUAA